GAUUACAAUGACUUAGGAGGAGAGCGCUUAAAACUCUUGCUUUCCAGUAAUGCACUCCAUCACUGUGUCUCUGGCCGUGUGUGUGUGUGCGUGUAUGCGUUCGUAUGUCGAUAUAUGUGUGUGAGCUAUAGAGGGGUAUCUUCCAUUCCGUGUGUGUGUGUGUGUGUGUGUGUGUUUCCUGUGUGUGUUGUGUGUGUGUGUCAAAAAGUAGUCUCUCUGCGGAGCGGAGUGUGUGUGAGUUGCCAGUGUGUGUGCUCUCCAGCCUCGGUUGUCGCGAUGCUCUCGGUUCCUGCGUCUCUGAUGUCUUCCAAGCGACCAGCCUCUCCAUAUGGGCGGACAGAUGGAGAGGUAACCAUGGCAACCAGCAGACAGCGAAUGGAAGAUGAGGAUAGCGAGGGACUGGGCGGUGUCAUCCACCUCCCCCUGGUCUCCUACUGCGGCAAGGUGUCCCCUCGCUCGCCCCCCAACCGCAACUUGGACAGCCCCCCUAACAUGGAGCGGGACUGCACUAAGGGAAGCUCUCUGAGUCCUUACCCCCAGCACAAUGCUACCUCACCGGGCAAAGAGGAUGGCGGAGGCGGAGGGCGGCCCUGCAGCGACGGAGGCUCGGCCACAGGUACCCUGGGGACUCCCGAGAGGCGCAAGGGCAGCUUGGCAGAUGUGGUGGACACACUGAAACAACGCAAGAUGGAGGAGCUGAUCAAGAAUGAGCCAGAAGAGGCCCCCAGCAUUGAGAGGCUGUUGUCAAAGGACUGGAAGGAUAAACUUUUGGCCAUGGGCUCAGGGCACAUCGGGGAUAUUAAAGGUACUGCAGACAGCCUGGCGGAGAAAGAGCGCCAACUCAUGGGCAUGAUUGGCCAGUUGAGCAGCCUGAGGGAGCAGCUCCUGGCGGCCCACGAAGAGCAGAAAAAGCUGGCCGCCUCGCAAAUGGAGAAGCAAAGGCAGCAGAUGGAGCUGGCCAAGCAGCAGCAGGACCAGAUUGCCCGGCAACAGCAGCAGCUUCUGCAGCAACAACACAAAAUCAACCUCCUGCAGCAACAAAUCCAGGUCCAGGGCCAACUCCCUCCACUGAUGAUUCCCGUCUUUCCUCCGGACCAGAGGACUCUGGCAGCGGCGGCAGCCCAACAAGGCUUCCUAAUGCCCCCUGGCUUCAACUACAAGCCUGGCUGCAGUGACCCCUACCCUCUCCAGCUCAUCCCCACAACAAUGGCUGCUGCUGCUGCUGCCACACCAGGCCUGGGACCCCUACAACUCCAGCAGUUGUACGCAGCUCAGCUGGCGGCCAUGCAGGUUUCCCCGGGAGCCAAGCAGCACGGAGGCAGCCUGCCCCCCCAGGCCAACAUGGGCACACACUCCCCACCCACCAACACACACUCACAGAGCGACAAGGGCCGCAGCUCCCCGCUACCAAACAAGGCCAAGGACAGUGAGGGUGCACAGCCACUGAACCUGUCGGCCAAGCCUAAGGCAUCCGAGAGCAAGUCACCCAACUCCACCUCAACUUCCCCACAGGUCGCUGCUGCUGCUGCCACCAAGCUGGGCCCUGCCGGCUCCAUGAAGCACAGCGUCGCCCCCUCCAGCAUCGGAGGUCCACCGACCAGAGUCAGCUCAAUAGCAGACUUGUUGUCGACGUUGUCCACGACCGCCUACCUGAACGACCACGAGGCUGUUAGCAAGGCCUUCGCAGAGGCCCGGCAGAUGAAGGAGCAGCUGAAGAGAGAGCAGCAGGUCCUAGACGCCAAGGUUUCUGCCGUCAGCAACCUCAGCCUCAACAAUGGACGCUCAGAAAAGGACAAGGCUGCCUUGGAGAGUCUGAGUCAACAGCUUAAGCAGCAGGCGGAGGACAAGUUCAGCCAUGCAAUGCUGGACUUCACCAUGAGCGGAGACUCUGACGGCUCCCCCAGCGUGUCAGACUCCAGAAUAUUUCGGGAGGCUCGGGGUCGUGGCAGCGCCGAGCCGCACAUCAAGCGGCCGAUGAACGCGUUCAUGGUUUGGGCCAAGGACGAGAGAAGAAAGAUUCUCCAGGCCUUCCCCGACAUGCACAACUCCAACAUCAGCAAGAUCCUCGGCUCCCGCUGGAAAGCCAUGACCAAUCUGGAGAAGCAGCCCUACUAUGAGGAGCAGGCUCGCCUCAGCAAGCAACAUCUGGAAAAAUACCCAGACUACAAGUACAAGCCGCGACCCAAACGCACCUGCCUGGUGGACGGCAAAAAGCUGCGCAUCGGCGAGUACAAGGCCAUCAUGAGAUCCCGCAGACAGGAAAUGAGACAAUACUUCAGUGUGGGGCAGCAGGGCCAGUUGCCCUUGUCCUCCGCAGGCGUGGUUUACCCAGGUGCCCUGUCAAUGGCGGGAAUCCCCUCACCCCAGAUGCCCUCAGAGCACUCCAGCAUGUCCAGCAGCCCAGAGCCCAACGCCAACCACCACCAAAACCCCCACAUGGCAGGCCUGAAGGGGGACGAGCCGCGGAUCAAGGAGGAGGAGCUGCGGCUGGACGACAGCAACGGCGACGUGUACGACGACUUUGACUACGAGGACGAGGAGGCAGACUACACCAGCGAUAACGAGAACCAUAUCACCCAAUAGGUCGGCGGGACCGCCGCCCAAAUUCAAAGCCAAUCACAGCUGGUUAAUCCCACACAAUCCCAAACCUACCAAUCAGGAAGAAGACUUUCUCUUUUUUCCCAAUCACCCUGAAUCCCAAUCUCACAACACCCGCCACCUUCUCCCCUUCCUGACUAACAUGGACUCUUUUAACAGAGCCAAAGCCCUCCCACUGGAGUCCUGAUACCAGCAUCUGAUCAAUCAACUGAAGCACAGGACCUGUCACACACACUGACUGUUACACAAACUGGAGUCUGUGAGGUAGAGACGACCAAGGCAGCCUCUGAUGCUUGCUGAGGAAUAUUCAAGUACUACUGCAAGAUUUUGAGUGUAAUGCCACGAGUCAGGAGAAAUUAAAAGUCACACUCAGAAAGCAAACCUUUUAGACCCAUUUGUAGAAAAAGGAGACGUUUUCAAAUGAAAGACAAAUCAGUGGACCUGUCAAAGGCAAACAGAUGACACUUUAAGAUGGCGGACCUGUUUAUUAUCAAGAGACACUUUUAAAAAAAUUUAAAAAACAAACAAACAAAAAAACAGCUUUUUUUGUCCUUUGGUUCUAUAAUAUUCUCACUCAGGUACACGGUGCCAAUAAGUGGCUUGUGAAUGUGAUUUGUUGUUUUUGUGCUACAACUUUGAAUAAUAAUAGAAAAAAAGAGACUUUUCUUUUUUUCCCCAUAUGUCGUGAAGCACCUGAAAGACAUCAGACGUGUUUAUUUUUAACAAGAAACAUAUCUUUUCUUCGACCUUGCAGUGUGCUGUCAGCGGUUUCCCCCAAUUUUUUUCUGUGUUUAUGUGACUGCCCGCUCCCACCCUCCCCCACGCCCUAUUUGGAAUCCGAUGGGACAGUCCAGCCGGGACUGAGUCUUUGAGGGACUUCCAGGGGGGGAGAAGGGAAGUCUCUCUGGCAUCACGGAGCAGAAAGGAAAGCACUGUGUUGCGAGACAAUCCACCAGUUUUCUUCUCACUUCAUCCCUCUAUCUUGAUCUCGUCCAGGGCAAAACAUCAGUAUGACUCAGCGUGAGUGUGUGUCGGUGUGAGCUGGGUUUACUCAUGUAUUGGCUGUUUGCACACGCGUGUAAAAACGAGGGAGAAAAAUGCUAAAAACGUCUAGGAUACAGAAAAUCAGGCUUAUGCUGCUGCUGUUAUUUACUGUACCACACACUCAUAUAUACACACACACACACAACCGUUGUUCUGUCCCUCAGUGUUUUCCUGCUCCCUCCAAUUAACAUUGUCCUGCUGUCCUUGGUGGGCGGAGCUAAGCUGAAGCAGCCAGUCAGUGUUUCUGUUUGUAUUUGAGUACUGUAUUUUAUUAUUUCUCUUCAAACUGCCUCUAGUCUAAUAAUAUUAUUAACAAUAAUUAUAAGAAUGGUCAGCAUUUCCUAAGUUUAGUAAGUUAUGUACAGUAUAAUUUAUUUUUCUCCUCUUUAUCGGGUUUUUUAUGACCAUAUGAAACUAUGACAGUCAAUGAAACAUUAUUCUAUUUAGCUGGUAGGUAUUUAGAUCUAAACAAAAGUUGUCAUUUUACCUUGCUUUGUUUUGCAUUAUUUUGUUCCCUUAUUUUUUGAUGCAUUUGUUUUGUAUUAAUCCUCUGGACGGGCGGGGAGGGAAGGGGAGGGGGGGGGGGGCAGUCAGAGUUAAGACAGCGAGCUGGACUGACAGACUCGACGCCGGCCCUCCUCCGAGCUGAAGAUAUAAACUUUCCAAUGUCCAAUCCCAUUUCUAAAAAGCACUCAGACUUUGAGAAAAAGAAGAACGUGACUUUUUUAUUGUUAUUCUAAUUUUAUUUGAAAUGAUUAUUAUAAUGUAUAAUGUGAAGUUUCCUCUCUUUUAUUUUGCCUUUUUUGGGGGGAGGGGGGCGGGAUCAGUUUUAUCACUUUUGGAAACUUUUUUUGUGAACAAAGAGUCCCGUCCCCGUUUACUAGUUUUGGCCGCCUCACGGGGACACAGUGGAACAUCUUUGGCUUUGAUCCACACACACAUAUACAUGCACAAACACAAUCACUAACACACAAACACACACACACAUAUAAACAUGCACAAACACACACACACACAUACACACACACACAAACACACACACUUACAUUUAAAAUGAAGAGAUUAUCAUGACAACCAAACGAAUCCUAUGCUGUCCUUUUUCUGUUUUAUGAAAUCUAGUAUUCUAGAUUUAAAAUCCUGUACAUAUAUUGUAUUUUGUUUGGUGUUUUUUAUUUGGUAAUCAUAGGAAAGCAGUGUUUACCGUGAUCCACCAGGGUGUUCCACUGUCUCUGUGUCUGUGUGUGUGUGAGAGACGGCCAGGCGUAUCUACAGUAUCUUUAAAGUCACUUCUCAUCAGGAGCCCUUUGCUUUGUUUGAGCUCCACGCGAUGCUACAGGAGCCAUGACUUCUCUUCAGGUGUGCUGCCACAUAGUGUUCCCCACAAUCAUUCAAUCAGUCUCGCUGUAGAUGUUUGCUAGAUGCCACAUAAUGAGACUCUGGGUCUUCAUUUUGCUGUAUAGUCACCCCUGUUAUCACACAAUGGUUCAACCUGAUGCUGGAGAGAGGGGCCUAAGUAAAUCAACCCAUUUUUAGGGUAUCAGGUGGGUGGGUGUGGCAUUAAGACGUCAAUCAUCCCUGCUGGCAAGGUCUGACCCCAUAUCAAGACAAUGAAAAUAAUAAUUAUGAUGAAAUGAUGAUAUUAUUUAAGACAAUCAAAGUCACGAGUGGAGCUCAAAACAAAGUAAGAAUUAUUACAAGUAAAAAAAAAAUAUCUUACCAUCUCAACUUGAAAAAUCAAGAAAGAUAAUUAUGUAAAUAUAACAUAGAGUUAUAGAUUUAUAUUUUGUUCAUAACACAGUGUAAUAUAAGUUGUAUAUUUCUUUUUUUCUCUCCCUACUGUCUCUUUUAUUGAUGUUAUCCAUGCCACAGAAAAGCAGGAGUCGCAGUACUCUCACAAAAAAAUUGAAGAAAAAUAUCAAAGAAAUAAAGAAAAAUAGGAGGAAAAAAAAAAGCCGUGGGCUGCCACCACCAUCUGUUCUAAGUUCACUUUUUUUUCAGUAUUACUGCCAGACAAGGCUCUAAUAAAGACAGCAAUGUGUUCGGUAAAA